UGCCGGGUGGUGACGUGCCGGUGUGGGUUUGACAGGAGUGGUGUUGGCAGAGGUCACACAGGGGAGAGGACACCCGGGUCACAUCUCUUGUCACUCCGGCGGUUAUUUAGCAGACUUAAGCGUUCUGCCCUAGCCUGCAAGGUAGUGAUAGCGGAGAGGGGCCUCAAACCUCAUCAACGGUAAAUGGGUGCCAUUCAGCUGUUGACCCCCACAUUAAUAAGCUAAAGAGGAAGAGGAAGGAGAGAUCUGAGCUGUUCCUGACCCCAGCACCACAAAUAUGGCACGGAUACCCGACACUCUCUGCCUGUUUGACGUGGACGGCACACUCACGCUGCCUCGAAAGAAAAUUGAGCCCCACAUGUCAGAGUUUAUGUACAAGAUGAAGGAGAAGGUGACGAUUGGCCUGGUUGGCGGCUCGGAUUUGACCAAGAUAGCAGAGCAGAUGGGCGGCUUGGAGGCACUCAUGAAGUUUGAAUAUGUGUUUGCUGAGAAUGGUUUGGUGGCUUACAAGAAUGGUCAACUUCUCAAGAAAGAGAGCAUCCAAAGCCACAUGGGGGAGGAGAAGCUACAGACAUUCAUCAACUUUGCCCUGCGGUACAUGUCGUCCCUGACGCUGCCUGUCAAGCGUGGCACCUUCAUAGAAUUCAGGAACGGCCUGAUCAACGUGUGUCCCGUGGGCCGCAGCUGCUCACAGGAGGAGCGGGACCAGUUUGGGGAAUAUGACAAGGUUCAUCAUGUCAGGGAGAAGUUUGUGAAAGCCUUGGAAGCAGAGUUUCCUGACUCAGGCUUGGUGUUUUCCAUUGGUGGCCAGAUCAGCUUUGAUGUGUUCCCCAAGGGCUGGGACAAGACAUUCUGUUUACGAUAUGUCGAAAACGACUUCAAGACGAUUCACUUCUUUGGGGACAAGACAGACAAGGGUGGCAAUGACCACGAGAUAUACGAGGACUCGCGCACCGUGGGGCACAAGGUCACCUCCCCGGACGACACCAAAGUGCAGCUGCAGAAGGUGUUGGGGGUGGAAUGCUAGCUGGGUCCUACCACUGUGACUAGCAGCUCUUUGUCUUGGCAUCGGUGGGGCCGGGGAGCAUUGUGGUGCCUUGGAACACUUAUUAUUAGCUGGUGUCUGAGUGCCUUUGUCAUCUUUGUCAAAGUAAUAAUUUUCAACAGAGCUGGGCAUUUUGUUUCCCCCAUCAAGGAUGCAAGGAUUGGUAAGGUCUGUUAUCCUCAGGACAUCAGUAUGAACAUUAUAUCUAAGGAAUGCCAUGCUGUUUUCACUACUUACUAUGUUCAGAGCACUGUUAUUAUCUAACAAGGCUCAUUGUUUUGUUUUAUCUUAAACAAGGCAAGUGUUGGUCAGGUCUGUCUGCCAUCACACCAGCACAUUGGGUGAAGCACUAUGGGUAAUGUCCUAACUUUCCCAGCACAUAUUCAGUACCCCUGUGUAAGGCUCAUGACCACAGAUGCUGCCUCAUAUGUGUGUUGGACACCACAUGACAGUGUGGCUCAUGACUCAUUGGAUCAAAAAGGUCUUGGCAGGCAACAACGGAGGCACCAUGUGUUCUGAGAAAGUGUGUGCGCGUGUGUGUGGGUGCGUGUGUGUGCAUGCUUGUGAACACGUUCACUCGCCACCACCAGCCCCACCCACCUGCCUCCCUUUCUUAAGGUUUAUUCUCUCCCUCAGUUCUUUCAUUUCUCACCUUCAUCCUCCUACAGAAAGUAUUAUUUUCAUCUUAAUUGUUUUGUAUUUAUGCAGUAUUUUGAUUUUCUAAGUUGUAGAGUAUUUUCACAUCAUUGUUUUAUUUAUUGUUAUAUAUGGUAUAUCUACUUAUAAUUUAUUUUUUGAAGUUGAUUGAUUAAAUGAGUUUUCUUCAUUGUU